UACAUUUAGCGUACAGGCCCGGAAGUGGUACUUUGUAUUGGCCGCCGUGUACUUUCGUUGCCACGUCUGUAGUUAGCGGUGUUGUUAGAAAAGCCGGCUUUGGUUUUUCAUAAUAUUGAUCGGAAGUUUAACUGCAAUCAUGGUUUCCGUUAUUAAUACGGUGGACACUUCACACGAAGACAUGAUCCAUGAUGCUCAGAUGGACUACUACGGCACCCGGCUAGCCACAUGCUCAUCGGACCGCUCUGUCAAGAUCUUCGACGUGAAGAAUGGAGGUCAGAUCCUGGUGGCAGAUCUCAGAGGCCACGAGGGCCCGGUGUGGCAGGUGGCGUGGGCUCACCCCAUGUACGGGAACCUGCUGGCAUCCUGCUCCUACGACCGGAAAGUCAUCGUCUGGAAGGAAGAGAACGGAACCUGGGACAAGAUGUACGAGUACACUGGACACGACUCCUCAGUGAACUCUGUGUGCUGGGGGCCGUAUGACUUUGGUCUGAUCCUGGCGUGUGGCAGCUCAGACGGAGCCAUCUCCAUCCUCACCUUCACCGGAGACCAGCAGUGGGACGUGAAGAAGAUCAGCAAUGCCCACACGAUCGGCUGUAAUGCGGUGAGCUGGGCCCCGGCCGUGGUGCCAGGCAGCCUCAUUGAGCAGCCCUCGGGCCAGAAGCCCAACUACAUCAAGAGGUUCGUCUCCGGAGGCUGCGACAACCUGGUCAAACUCUGGAAGGAGGAAGAUGGCCAAUGGAAGGAGGACCAGAAGCUGGAGGCCCACAGCGAUUGGGUGAGAGAUGUGGGUUGGGCUCCAUCCAUCGGUCUGCCCACCAGCACCAUUGCCAGCUGCUCCCAGGACGGCCGGGUGUUCAUCUGGACGUGUGACGACCCCUCGGGGAACACCUGGACGGCCAAGCUGCUGCACAAGUUCAAUGAUGUGGUCUGGCACGUCAGCUGGUCUAUAACCGGAAACAUCCUGGCCGUGUCCGGGGGAGACAACAAGGUGACACUGUGGAAGGAGUCGGCAGACGGCCAGUGGGCCUGCAUCAGCGACGUCAACAAAGGCCAGGGGGCCGUGUCCUCCAUCACAGACGGACAGCAGAACGAGCAGUGACCCUUGACCCCACCACUGGCCCAGACCCUGAACCCCGACACCGGAAUCCAAGAAAAGACAACAUACUUCCUGUCCCCUGCACCAGACCACCCAACAUCCCCCCCCUCCCUCCCCACACCCAGAGCCCUAACCUGGACUGUCGGACCCUGUCCCGGACCACCAGAGCUCUCACCCCUGAUUGAAACCAGGCACAGGAACAGAGACUCUUAUCCUGGAGCUCCAGCUCUGCCCCACUAGCUCCAGUCCCAGCCCCAGCCUGGCCCUGGACAGUCCUAGCCCCUGGAACUUCAGACCCUGGAACUAGCCUCCAUCUCUCCCUGCUACAUUCCUUCCCUCAAUGAGGAGAACAGUUGCACCCCCUCCCCUCCCCCCCUACCGUCUCCCAGCGCUCUGCUCCUUGGCUCCCAAAGUGUGGAAGGUUUUAGUUUAGCUGUAUGGUAGAACAUGUCUGACCUACCAAACUCGUGCUAACAGGUUGUCAGAAUGAAAAACAGAUCUGAGCAUUAAUUUUAGGGAAUCUGCCUUAAACAAAAUCUCACUCAGAUCUCCACAGAUAAAUCUUAUCAAACUGCUUUGUCAGAUAUUUUCCAUUUGUUUUGAAUUCAGAAUGUUAUGUUUUCAUAUCUCAAUGAAUAAAAAUGACUUG